AUGCGAUUCACCUUACAAAAGCUCCUUCUUGAACCUUCUCUGCAUAGAAGAGAGACCAAGCCCGUCUCUCGCAAUGUGUCUCCUGGUCCCCGUGAGCUAAGCCGCUCCACCAGAGGUUUUCCCCAAUGCAGGAUAUAUUGCAUUUCAUCUGAGACGGGGUUCUCUCAGCCCUCCCUCGCUUCUGCUUGCCGAAAUAUUGCUCUUCCUAUCCUCUUGUUAUAUUUUGUCGACUCACAGAAUUGUGUUCUUGGGUUUUCUUUAGCAGUCGUACCUGCCGUCCUUCCCGAGACUUUAAUAGGCUGCGAUGUAAUCGUGCAAGACCAACGCCAGAGACCGCCCACGUCGACGCCAGAGACCGCCCACACCAACGCCAGAGACCACCCACACCAACGCCAGAGACCGCCCACACCAACGCCAGAGACCGCCCACACCAACGCCAGAGACCGCCCACACCAACGCCAGAGACCGCCCACACCAACGCCAGAGACCACCCACACCAACGCCAGAGACCGCCCACGCCAACGCCUGAGACCGCCCACACCAACGCCGGAGACCGCCCACGCCAACGCCAAAAACCGCCCACACCAACGCCAGAGACCACCCACACCAACGCCCGAGACCACCCACACCAACGCCAGAGACCGCCCACACCAACGCCAGAGACCGCCCACACCAACGCCAGAGACCGCCCACACCAACGCCAGAGACCGCCCACACCAACGCCAGAGACCGCCCACACCAACGCCAGAGACCGCCCACACCAACGCCCGAGACCACCCACGCCAACGCCAGAGACCGCCCACACCAACGCCAGAGACCGCCCACACCAACGCCAGAGACCACCCACACCAACGCCAGAGACCGCCCACGCCAACGCCAGAGACCGCCCACACCAACGCCAGAGACCGCCCACGCCAACGCCCGACGCCCAUAUCUCUAGCGAGCUCUCCUAACGGAUCCCUGGAGAACAGGGAUGGAUUGUUCUACUUUAACUGCAACAAAGUUCACCUGGGAAUUGUAAUACACUGA